AUGGGUUCUGAGUCUGCCGGGUCCAGCGUGAAGCGCCUCGUCCGGAUGCACAGUGGGCUGUCCUGGAUGCCGCAGGCACGGGCGGCCUUGGCCCAGCGAAUCGCGCCCCACCUGACCGUGUGCUGCUGGCGCCAGAGCCCAAAGCCAGGCUUACCGGACUCUGGCCCCCACACCUCCCCCCCUCCCUACAAUGCCCCACUGCAGCCGCCCCCUCCCCCACCCGACGCCCCAAACAAUGCCCCCCUCAUCCCCGGCUACAGUGACCCCCCGCACCUGCCCCCCCACUCUGGUACCGCCACCCUGCCCCGCCUCGGGGGGGCUGCCACCCUGCCCCGGCCGCCCCCCACCUCGGCCACCCUGCCCCGGCCCCCCCACCACCACUCAGCCACCCUGCCGCGCCUGCCCCCCGACCCCUACAUGCAGGAGACCCAGUUCAACGCCCCCCCCCAGGGGUACAUGGUCCAGACGCACCCGCCCAUGGGGACCCUGCCCAUCGGGGGGUACAUGCACCCUGGCUACCCUGUGCAGCUGCAGCCCUGCACCGCCUACGUCCCCGUGUACCCUGUAGGCACG